AUGGCCUUGAGAAAUCAUACCAGGGUGUCUGAAUUUAUUUUUUAUGGAAUUACCCAGUCUCAAGAGUUGAGCUUGCUCUUGUUUUUCUUCUUAUCUACAGUUUAUGUAACAACUGUGUUAGCAAAUCUUGCCAUCAUGGUCACGGUGACCUGGGAGUCUCGCCUGCACACCCCCAUGUACUUCCUGCUCCGCAACCUCUCCGUCUUGGACAUCUGCUUCUCCUCCAUCACUGCCCCCAAGGUCCUGGUAGACCUUCUUUCCAGGAGAAAGACCAUCUCCUUCAACGGCUGCAUCACACAGAUGUUCUUCUUCCACCUCCUCGGUGGGGCAGAUAUUUUCUCUCUCUCCGUGAUGGCCUUCGAUCGCUACGUGGCCAUCUCCAAGCCCCUGCACUAUGUGACUGUCAUGAGCAGGGGCCGGUGCACCGCCCUCAUUGUGGCCUCCUGGCUGGGGGGCUUUGUCCACUCCAUCGUGCAGGUCUCCCUGCUGCUCCCACUCCCCUUCUGUGGACCCAACGUUGUGGAUGGCUUCUACUGUGAUGUCCCCCAGGUCCUCAAACUCGCCUGCACCGACACCUUUGUUCUGGAGCUGCUGAUGAUUUCCAACAAUGGCUUAGUCACGACCCUGUGGUUUGUCCUUCUUCUUGUGUCUUACACAGUCAUCCUCGUGAUGCUGAGGUCUCACUCGGGUGAGGGCAGAAAGAAAGCCAUCUCCACCUGCACCGCCCAUAUCACCGUGGUAACCCUGCACUUCGUACCCUGCAUCUAUGUCUAUGCCCGGCCCUUCACUGCCCUCCCCAUGGACAGAGCUGUCUCCAUCACCUUCACUGUCAUCAUCCCUGUCCUGAACCCCAUGAUCUACACCCUGAGGAACCAGGAGAUGAAGUCAGCCAUGAGGAGACUGAAUGGAAGACUCAUGCUUUCUGCAAGGGGAUAG